CAAUAAAUUAAUUCGCCCCGUUCAAAACAUGACGGAGAAAGUAGAUGUCAGAUUUGGUCUAGCUUUCGUUCAACUUAUCAAUGUCAAUGAGAAAAAUCAAAUCAUGAAAUCAAAUGUCUGGUUGAGAUUGGUAUGGAGCGAUUAUCAACUUCAGUGGGACGAAGCUGACUAUGGUGGAAUUGCAGUUCUUAGGUUGCCUCCAGAUAAAGUGUGGAAGCCUGAUAUAGUAUUAUUUAACAAUGCUGAUGGUAACUACGAAGUUAGAUACAAAUCAAAUGUAUUGAUUUAUCCCAACGGAGAAGUACUUUGGGUACCGCCAGCAAUAUACCAGAGUUCUUGUACUAUAGAUGUAACAUACUUUCCAUUCGAUCAACAAACUUGCAUUAUGAAGUUUGGGUCCUGGACGUUCAAUGGUGACCAAGUAUCACUAGCCCUUUAUAAUAAUAAAAAUUUCGUCGAUCUGUCUGAUUAUUGGAAAUCAGGGACAUGGGAUAUAAUUGAAGUGCCAGCCUACCUCAACAUUUACGAAGGAAGUCAGAUGGGAAAUCAGCCUACAGAAACUGAUAUCACUUUUUACAUAAUAAUAAGAAGGAAAACAUUGUUUUAUACAGUCAAUUUGAUACUACCCACCGUACUUAUUUCCUUUCUAUGUGUCCUUGUAUUUUAUUUACCCGCAGAAGCAGGAGAAAAGGUAACACUGGGUAUCAGUAUUUUACUGUCACUUGUUGUAUUCUUACUGCUCGUCUCCAAAAUUUUGCCUCCCACAUCACUGGUAUUGCCACUGAUAGCCAAAUACCUCCUGUUCACUUUCAUCAUGAACACUGUUAGUAUACUUGUUACAGUUGUGAUAAUUAAUUGGAACUUCAGGGGUCCUCGGACACAUAGAAUGCCGUCGUGGAUCCGCUACGUAUUCCUAAACUACUUGCCAGCAAUGCUGCUUAUGAAAAGGCCGCGUAAAACCCGGCUAAGGUGGAUGAUGGAAAUGCCGGGUAUGGGAGUACCACCUCACCCUUACGGUUCUCCUGCCGACAUUCCCAAACAUAUAAGGUUAUAUGACUCGAUCGAAUCACAGAGCAAGGUGGAAGUCAUGGAGUUGUCCGAUCUGCACCACCAUCCAAAUUGUAAGAUUAACAGGAAACCUAACUCCGAUUUGGGAGUGGGUGUUGGCGGGGACAGUUGUAGGAGAGAGAGCGAGAGUUCGGAUUCUAUUUUACUGUCACCGGAAGCCUCGAAAGCUACCGAAGCUGUCGAGUUUAUCGCUGAGCAUUUGCGCAACGAAGACUUGUACAUUCAGACGCGAGAGGACUGGAAAUACGUGGCGAUGGUGAUUGACAGACUCCAGUUGUACAUGUUUUUUAUUGUAACCACCGCAGGAACUGUUGGAAUUCUGAUGGAUGCACCUCACAUCUUCGAGUACGUCGAUCAAGACAGGAUAAUUGAAAUAUACCGUGGCAAAUAGAAGACACCCUCCCCUCACCACUGGCUAACAAAUCAU